AUGGGCCGGAAAAAAGCGGUGACGAAGGGCAGAAGCGGGUGCCGCACGGGGCGGAUCGUGAAACAGUCAACUACUCCUACCGAUGUAGGUACGAAGCCGAAAAAGGCGAUGUCUAGCCCGGUGAAACGAGCCAAGAAAGCUGCUCCCCGGGGAAAGUGGAGUGAGGCAACACUCUUGACCAGCGAGAAGUCGGUCUUAGUUCAUGCGGAUUUGGUGAAUCUACUCGCCAGCCCUGAAGCUUGGAAUUGUCUAGAUGAAAGCGAAAAGCAAGAUAUCCUAGCUCUCCUCCCCGCAGAUAUCCACCCCGAAACCGAGCGCCAGCAAGACAACCAAGAACAAAAGAUACCCCCCCCUACCCGCCUCGACCUUGAGAAUGGCCACUAUGACCCCGAAUGGUUGCGACAAGCGGAGAAGGCUCGCAAGCAGCGGGAAAGUGGUGACUUCGACACCUUCAAAGAGCGCGAGUACGAAAAGUUCUGGGGCCAGAAGCAGAAUUUCAACAAGAGGCUCCUAGCUGGUGAAAGCGCUAAAAUUAAAUUGGGCCAGCUCGUUGAACAUGGAGUCAUUCAGCUUGGUGAUGUCUGGAGGUUUCGUUUCGGCUUUGGGAAAGGCGAGAAUAACAUUCAGAUUGAUAAGGAAGCCAGGAUUGACCGUAUCGAUGGCUCGGAUUUGACAUUUACUAUCCCCACUGGGAGACGAACAUUCCUCUCCAGUACUUAUCCUGGACCCCAGAAAGUUGAACCCUCACCAGUUGGAAGCGAAAUUAAGAUGGAAGUCAUUCCUGCAAGCUCCCAGGAGGUGCUUGCAAAUGCCGCAAAGGCAUCUCCGGAAACCCAAGAGCCGACCAUUGGGCACAGCAUCAAACAGGAGCUUCCUGUUUCAAGUCCACCGACACUCCCAGCAGGGUUGAUCGCAGAGAAUGAUGCGGGGGCACCUGCUGAAACUAUACCCAGUGUAUCCAAGGGCCUCACAGUUACUGAUUCCACUGCGGAAGAGGUGGACGAGACCGUGGAUCCAACGGGCCUGCCACAGGAAGCAAAUGAAACAGUCACCACAGCCGAUACUUCACUCAGAGAUCAAGGACCCGGAGCUUUUCAGGUCAUCAUCGUGAAUCAGAAUCCUAGUACCAUACCCGUCAACGAAAGUCUCAAACGCCCAACACCCCAACCAGAAUCGGAACCUCCAGCAAAGCGCAAGCGAGGCAGACCUCGCAAGAUGCAGCCUGUCCCCGAAUCCGAGACAGAGGCAGUGCCGGAUCUGGAUGAACAGACAGCUACCAGUACCCAACUGGACGCCACAGCCAACUCAGGCUUAUGUGUGGAAAUAGUCAAAUCUCCGUAUGAUUGGUCAAACUCUGCAUCUUCAGAAGCAAUGCGAUCAAACACGCAAACAAAGGAGCCCGAACAAAGUACAGAAACCUCACCACCUACUGAUAUCGAAAUGGCGGACGCAAGCGAGCGAAAUAUCCGGACCAGCCUUCCACCCGCAGGAUCGUUCACGAACCCUGAACUGCCAAUAAAACUCACAGCGUCGAACCAAAGCGAAGAGACACUCGCAACGCUCACAGCUAAGGCCAAACCAAACACACCCGAACCCGAAAUCAGAGAUAAAGAAGAGCCCGAAUCAUCCCCUCUUUCCCCAGCCAGGUCAAUGACAGGUCCACCAUCCAGCCAACCCCAUAACCAACCAGAAGAAUCUACCAAUGAAGCAGAAAGGCAGCCGCAUCCCGAGCCCGGCCAAGCAGAGCAAAAACCCGACCCCGAACCGGAACAGCUCGAGGUAUCGACCACGAUCCGAAACAUCAAAACCCCCAGCCCAGUCAUCACGCACAUAUUGAAAUUGGACGGGCGGAAGCCUGACGGCCGGACCGGCAAUUCCUGGAAGGAAUUCCGAUGCUACCGGAAUAAUCAGGACAUCGGGAGUCUUUGGGAGUUGCGGGAAGCGUGGUAUUUGAAGCAGAAAUGA